ACCAUGGCCGAUUCUUGCUUGAGACAGAUCAAGAUCAAGACAGGCGUGGUGAAGCGAUUGGUCAAAGAAAAAGUGAUGUAUGAGAAAGAAGCAAAGCAGCAAGAAGAAAAAAAAUUGGAAAAAAUGAAGACUGAAGAUGGUGAGAACUACGCCAUUAAGAAGCAGGCAGAAAUUCUUCAAGAGUCCCGGAUGAUGAUCCCAGAUUGCCAGCAUCAGUUAGAAGCUGCAUAUACUGAUCUUCAGCAGAUACUAGAUAGUGAAAAAGAUUUGGAAGAAGCUGAGGAGUAUAAAGAAGCACGUGUAAUUCUGGAUUCAGUGAAGUUAGAAGUCUGAAAUUUUUCUGUACAGGGUGUUUUUUGC